UUCCUCCUUCCUCGAGAAGUUUUAUCAAAUAUCUCUCACACUCACAGUGUGUCGCUAAUAUGCUCAGAUUUUCAAUCUAAGGGGUCUGAGAGAGAGAGAGAGAGAGAGUUUGUUUCAAAUGUCGGGAACAACCAAGCAAGACUCAUCACUAGUGUGCGACCACCCUUCCAAAACCUUCUUCGGCGUUCGUUUCGUCCUCUUUGGAUUCGAUCCCAUCUCCUCCCAAAAGGUCCGAUUGAAGCUUGUGAAUGGAGGAGGGAUUGAUGCUUGUCAAUAUGGUCCGAAUUGCACUCACGUCAUUGUUGACAAUCUUAUUCAUGAUGAUCCUGUAUGUGUCGCUGCUCGAACGGAUGGAAAGAUUUUGGUCACGGGGUUAUGGGUUGAUCAUAGUUUUGAUAUUGGCAUGCCCGUUGAUCCCAUUUCCGUUAUGUACAGACCUUUAAGAGAUUUGGAUGGAAUUCGAGGUGCUAAAUCUAUAAUUGCUUGCUUGACUGGAUACCAAAGGCAAGAUCGAGAUGAUAUUAUGACAAUGGUUGGCCUAAUGGGGGCAAAAUUUUCAAAGCCUUUGGUUGCAAAUAAAGUUACUCAUCUUAUAUGCUACAAAUUUGAAGGAGAGAAGUAUGAGCUUGCCAGGAAAAUGAAAAAGAUAAAGAUUGUUAACCAUCGAUGGUUGGAAGACUGUUUGGUGUCUUGGGAAAUUCUUCCAGAAGCUAAUUACGAUAAGAGUGGCUAUGAGUUGGAGAUGAUGGAAGCUGAAGCUAAAGAUUCUGAGGAAGAAGCACAAGAGCUUGCCAAACAACAAUAUGGGGACAGAAAAAUCGAUGUUAGUCCUAGUAACUUGCAUAUUGGGAUAAUAGUAAGGGCCCAUCCAUCCCCCCAAACAAAAGAGGACGUCUCGAGAAACCUGCUGGCUACAAGUGCAUCUAAAGCUUUAUCAAGCGCUGGCAAUAAGAAUGACACAGUAUUUGCCUCUGCAGAAAAGACUCCAUCUGCUCGGGCUUUGAAUUUGCAAGAUAUCCAUAAGAAGCAAUCUGAGGUGCUUUGUUCUCAGGACACCAAAACUCUUGGGGAUGUUACUUGUGGCGAUCCAUCUGAUCAGCCAUUAAAAUUAUAUGACAGAUUGCCAACUUGUGCCAAGGUUGGAAAUGACUUGCCUUCUUCUGGUAGUGCAAAGAGGUCUCCUCCUGAUGAUGCAGCAAAUUCGAAUACUAUAAGUUACUCAAGGAAGACCCCUAGGAGAAACUCAUUCUCAAUGUUCUCGGGAGAAAUGGCAAGCAAUGUAAGCAGCUUUCCUACAGUCGAUAUUGAUGAAUUCAAUGUCAGUGUCGGUUUUAACAUCUCUUCAACCAGAGCAGAACAAGCUAAUGAUGGAACUGACUCUGGAUGUGUUAAAACUCCUUCGAAGGAAACUGGGUUACAUCAUGAAGGGGGAAAAAAUGGUAUGUUGCCUGAAAAGAGGAAGAUGAAUGUUUCUUAUGGUAGCUCAAAAUCAAAAAAGACGAGUCAUGAUUCGAAACCAUGCAUCUUAGAAAGUCCGUUGGUGAUUAAUAGAACUGGACCUUCAGAAUCUGCAGUUUUGAUAGAUGGUGCGUUGGAUGAGAAUGCUACUCCAAGUCCUGCACGUAACUCUCCUGUCAACAUUGCAACCACAAAUUUCUCAAGCUUCGACAGAAAAUCAUUGCCAAAGCCUGUCAUCAGUGCUGUCACCUCAGAGAAUAGGCAAGAGGACAACUUGGAGACACCUCAAAGAUCUAACAGAUUAAAAAACACAAGCUUGGCCACUGAUUCUGGCAUCAAAGAUGUUAUGAACAGAGCAGAAAAUGCUGCUAGUAAAGUUGGGACGCCACAGAAAGAAUGGCAAGAUGUCCGGGUCCCAUCUCCAAAAACUACAAGCUUAGAGAUUAAGAAAUCCAGUAGUCCUAGCUUGGACUUGUUCAAAGGAAAAAAUACUCACUCACUCUCAAAACCACUUAGGAGGAAGGUAACUGCCAAGAAAACUUUGGGCUCUAGACCAAAAUUAGGUCUUGCUAAUACCAAAAAUCAUAAAGGUUCUAUUCAUCUACAUGAAACUGCCUUGCAACCUGCUGCUGUGACAAGUUCGAUUGGUGGGAAAGAGACAGAAAAUAGGGAAUUGUUUGUUAAUUCGGAGAAGGUUGAAAUGACUCCUCCCACUGUUAAUGUUGACAAGGCCAUGGUGAUGGAGACACAUGACGUUGAAAAAUCAGGGAACGAGGUUGAGAAUAAGAUUGGAUCCAUGGACGAUGAGACUGAGACUCCAGAGGAGACUGAGGCUCCAGAGGACAGAGAGGAACAUGAAUUUGAGGUGGGAGAUUGUGAAGAGAAGCCUGAAGAUGCAACACAUAAGAUGAAUGUAGUGAUGAAAGACAAAUUGGAUGUGCAGCCAAUAACACCCAAAACCGAUGCUAGCAGUUUGAGUACACACAACCCUACAAAAACAUCAGAUGAAGAUGAAAAUGGAGCUGAACAUAAAAAGGCAGUUUGUGGCAGGAAAAAUGAGCAUGAUGAAUCAACUGCUAACGAGGACUGUGGGAAAGGAAAGUCAACUAAACGGAAAAAAUGUCGAAUGGGUAAAACAUUGAGAAAGUCUGUUCCUUCUGUAAUGGAGAGAAGAAAAUUGAAGGAUGGUGUAAGUAGGGAAGAGAUCAAAAGUAAAAAGAACAAUGAGAAGACAGGAAAGGAAAAGGAAAAAAGUAUUCCAUCUCCCGCAGGCAAAACCAACAGGACUGUACGUUCAAAUAAGUCACAGAACUCUGUGGAAGUGGAGAAGGAAAAUAAGCCUGUUGAUAUUGGAGAUCAAAAUGUGAGUCAUGGAAAACAAAGGGUUGGAAAAAUAGCUUCAAAAUCUAAUAGAAUACCCGUGAAGAUCGAUCCGAAGGCUGGUGUGACUGAUCAGGAUUCGGUAUUAGUGCAAAGGACUCCGAAAGUGAAAGUUGAACCUGUGUGGUUUAUACUAAGUGGGCAUAAGCUACAAAGGAAGGAGUUUCAGCAGUUUAUUAGGCGUUUGAAAGGAAGGGUAUGCAGAGAUUCUCAUCAGUGGUCAUAUCAAGCUACACACUUCAUUGUUCCAGAUCCAAUACGCAGAACAGAAAAGUUUUUUGCUGCUGCAGCAUCCGGAAGAUGGAUUCUGAAGACUGAUUAUUUAACUGCCAGCAAUCAGGCAGGAAGAUUAUUAGCAGAGGAGCCUUAUGAGUGGCACAAGAACGGUCUAAGUGAAGAUGGUGCGAUCAACUUGGAGGCUCCGAGGAAGUGGCGCCUUUUGAGGGAGAGAACUGGUCAUGGGGCCUUCUAUGGAAUGCGUGUCGUCAUCUAUGGGGAAUGCAUUGCGCCACCACUGGACACACUAAAGCGUGUCAUCAAAGCUGGAGAUGGGACCAUUUUAGCGACCUCUCCUCCUUACACCCGCUUCCUUGAAUCUGGAGUUGAUUUUGCUAUUGUCAGUCCUGGCAUGCCACGUGUUGAUAUAUGGGUACAAGAAUUCUUAAGACAUGAGAUACCAUGUGUUAUAGCUGAUUACCUGGUGGAGUAUGUAUGCAAGCCUGGUUAUCCCCUCGAGAGACAUGUGCAAUACAAUACUCACACUUGGGCAGAGAAGUCAUUUGCUAACUUGUUCAAACAGUCAGAAGAGGUUGUUGAGGCGCAGACACCGCUUGAAGAUCAUGUUAACAAUGAUCUAAAGUGUCAAGUUUGCGGGUCUUGUGACAGAGGAGAGGUAAUGCUGAUCUGUGGUGAUGAAAGUGGUUCAACCGGUUGUGGUGUUGGUACCCAUAUUGAUUGUUGCAAUCCUCCACUUGAACAUGUUCCAGAUGAAGACUGGUUUUGUCCAAAGUGUAGUAAGAGCAAAAAUAGUAAGAAUCGUCCCAAGAAGAGUACCAAGAAACAGACCUCUUCAUUAAAAGGCAAAUGAUAUUUCUCAUGCUUUUUUUGUAACAUAUAUAUAUAUUUUUUUAGGGUAACCUUUUGUCUUUUGUCUCAAUUGUCUUCCUCUAAAAUAUGUACCUUUAGUUAGAUCUAGUACCAGUAAAGUUUAUUCUGCUUCUGUUUCUUGUCAA